GCUCUGGCUUCGUUAGGCACUUCCCCCACAGCGCAGAGCAUAAAAUGCAACAUAACACCGACCCUCGCUCGCUCGCUCCCUCUGUUCCUUCUCUUCGUGCUCGGUCCUUCGUGCAGCGCGCGCGUCCCUCCUCGGGAAGACGAAAGGGUCGCGUGGCGUUCGUGCGUACGACGGCCGUUCGUCCAACCCCGUACGUGGCGCAGGGGUUGCAUUCAAGGGUGCCGGCCGGUGUCGCACACGCUCGACGGCAACGGAACAGAGGAGAGCGAACGAGAGAGAGAACGAGCGGGAACGACAGAGGACACACAGCACAGCAGACGAGAGUUGGGAUCUGGUGUGCGGCAUCAUGCAUUGCAUGCGCUCGGCGUACGCUCAUUAAAUCAGUCGGACGCCGCUUACGCACAUGACAAGUCACGUGUAAGUCGUCGUCGCCCCGGAAGAGUGCCAGUGUGGGCCACGAGAACGCCGCACGCUACCAACCGGUGUCUGUGUGCGUGUGCCGCCAAGUGUUUUGUGGUGUUGUGUUGUGCCAAAAUUUGUUGCAAGUGUGUCCAACCACCACCCCCAAACACCCAAAACCUUAAGUACUUUGUUUGCCAAGUGACCGGUUAGCGCGAGAGUGAACAAGAAUUAAUACAAGAAUUUAACGAAAAGUGACAAGAACCUAACGCAAGUGAAAGUGAAAGUUGCGGUGCUCUUUUUCUUAAAUCCCGCGUGGUUGUAGCAGCAGCAGUAAGAGGAAGAACAAACAAACAACGAUGGAUCAUCAUCUUCCACAUCAUCAUCCGCACCAUCAUCACGGUACGCCCCUUCACUGGGGCUACUCCACUGCGACGACGCCAAGUGCCACCUCUACGCCGACGCACGCCGGCCACAACACGUGGACGCCCCCGUCGUCGAAGGGCCACAAGCGGACGCUUUCUGAAAGUGACUGUGAGGAUCUGUACUCGGAGGAAUCGUCCAAAGAGCAUACCUCGCCGGGAGAAUCCGAUAGCUGUCAACUGAUGAGCCGCAAACGGAGACGCGGCGUGAUCGAGAAGAAGCGCCGGGAUCGCAUCAACUCCUCGCUGACCGAGUUGAAGCGGCUCGUCCCAAGCGCCUACGAGAAGCAAGGAUCGGCGAAGCUGGAAAAGGCCGAAAUUCUGCAACUAACCGUGGACCACCUGAAGGCACUGCAUGCACGUGGACUGGACGAUGCCAGCUACGAUCCGCAACGGUUCGCCAUGGACUACCAUAUCAUUGGCUUUCGGGAGUGUGUGGCGGAAGUCGCCCGUUACCUCGUCACGAUCGAGGGCAUGGAUGUGCAGGAUCCGCUCCGGCUGCGCCUCAUGUCCCAUCUGCAGUGUUUCGCGACACAGCGGGAACUGUCGACGAAAGCGAAUGCGGCUGCCGCCACCAGCCCGGCCUGGUCGCACAGCAGCAGCACCGCCUACCCCGUCGCGGCUGCAGCCGCCGCCGCAGCCGUAGCCUACCCGAGCACGCACCAUGGCACCAGCGGCUACUAUCCUCACCCGCAUCACCAGAACUACGGACCGCCACAAAGUGCAACCGCACCGUACAUUCCACAGGUGGCCACCAUUCCCCCACCCCUCGACCAUCUGCACCAGCAGCAGCAGCAGCAGCAACAGCAGCAGCAGCAGCAGCAACAUCAUCAACAGCUGAGUGGACAUCCUUCCGGUGCUUCCUCGGCGGCCACCGCUGCCAUCUACGCCACAAGUGCUCCGCUGCACGAGUUGUACAACAGCCAGCAUGAUUCCGCCAACGCUGGCCAGCAGCAACAGCAGCAGACGGAGCAGCAGCAGCAGCAACAGUCUGCAGUUGGAACGAACGGUGCACCGACGUACACGGAUCUGUCCAACAACAACCCGAACCGGGGUUUGUCCGCGUACGGCAAUCCGCAGUACCCGGUGAGCACCUCGACGCACGGAUACAGUGCGUCGACCAGCUCGUCGUACAACACGGCAGCGAAGCCGUACCGUCCGUGGGGUGCCGAGAUGGCCUGUUGAAGAGAGCAAGGAGGGGACGAAGUGGGAAGUGAAGCAUAUGCUAGAGUUGCCAAAAAGAGUGAAUGUGAG